UGGCAUGGGUGCUGCAUGCCUGGCAUGGGUGCUGAGAGCCUGGCAAGGGCAGCAUGGGGCUGGCACAUGCACCAUGAGCCGGGCUUGGGAACUUUGAUCCUGGCACAGGCGCUGCAGGGCCUGGCACGGCUCAUGCAAGGCUGGCAUGGACACCGUGAGCCUGGCACGGGCAUGCGGCCGUGCAGCCCCAGGCAGCUCCUCCCUCACCGCGGUGCCAUCCGCCUCCAAAACCCCCAUGUCCUCUGGCCGGACCCACCCCCACGGGUGACUCAGCCCGUUCCCGGCAAAGCCCGUCCCUAUAUAACACGGUGUCACCGUCGCGCACACAGCGCCUGCCUGGCCACUGCCUCAGUUUCCCCACACCGCAGCCAUGUGGAUGGUGUCACCGCCGGUUGGUAAGUCCUGCUUCAAUGCCCUUGACAUCCCCUGGCCCAGCGCGAGGCUUCCUGUUGGAAAUGGGCUGCUUUGGGUGUUUUGGGGUUUCCUGGUAUAUGUCGGCUGGGUGAGGUCUGCAGAUGUGGGGUGGUUCAGGGUGAUGGCACAGUGCGGCUCAAUGCGCGGCCGGGUGCACUGCAGCGCUGUGAUGGGAAGAAGUGAGAGCUGACCCUGCUCUGCCUUCGUGCUAAACCUGCCCUGGAACUCCCUGUUCUGAGCAGGUGCCCAUAACACACACAGGGUCAACGCGGAAAGAGACAAAUCCAUGUUUUCUCCCCCCCCCCCGGAACAGUAAUAAAAGCACUGCCAGCGGUGGGGCCAAACCCCAUUCUUUCUCCCCAUAUCACUGUGCCUUUGGGGCUGGGAAUGCCAGGACCAGGUGCAGCGCUGUGCAGCAUUGUGAUGCAGCAGAACACAGUGCUGCCCACUGGGCAUUGCUUUGCUUCAGACCAGUGGCCACUUUGGUCAGACCCCAAAAUGCCACCUUUUGCCCACUUUUCCUCUCCCCACAGCACAGGAAGAGCCUAAAAUUGCUCAGCCUCAGGGAGGGCACAGUGCGGUGCAUGGGCUGCGUGCCCCAAAAAUGCCGUUUCUUGCAGAAAACCAGGGCUGGAAGUGAACACCUCCCCGUGCCCGCCUCCUCAGGGUGUUUUUCCAUGCACACCUGCCCGGCCCCAAACCGCAGCAGUGUGGCCUGGGGUGGGGUGGCCAAAGAUGAAGGAUCUCACCAGCUUGCCUGGCUUUGGGACCACGGCAAAGGUAUCUUCCAGUACACCAAGAAGCUGUUCCUGAGCAGGCCGGCGGGACGGGCGCAGGUGCUGGAGUUCAUCCGGAAAAAUGCGGCCAACGCGCUCUCCAUGGCCAACCUGAUGGUGGGGCUCUCCUCCAUCCUCUGCAGCCUCAACAGCCAGUACCACUGCUCCUGCUGGCUGCUCCUGCUGGGCUUCCUGCUCGAUUUGGCCGACGGAGCCGUCGCCCGGCAGCUUGACGCCUGCUCAGCACUGGGAGCCAAGCUGGAUGACUUUGCCGACUUCACAUCCUUCGGGCUGGCCACGGCACUGCUGCUGCAGCCACGCGGCAUGCUGGACGGGCUGCUGGUCAUCGCGUACGUGCUGGCUGUCUUUGCCCGCCUCUGCUUCUUCUCUAGUGGGAUCCCCUUCACCUACCGGGGCUUGCCAUGCCCCUACGCUUCGUCGCUGUUGGCCAGCACCUUCUUGCUGACGGGUGGCCACGUGGUGCUGCUGCGCGUUGCUGCUAUUGCCAUGGUCCUCUUCAUGGUUGACCGCGGGUUCUACCCCCACGACAAAGUGCUGGAGUCACAGUGCUGGAAGAAAGUGAUCUAUGCCGGAGGCAUUGUGGCCAUCCUGUUCUCGCCCACAACGGUUGCUCCCAUCUACUACCUCGCCUGGUCGGCGUCGUACAUCUUACUCCCCUUUGCCAUCUGGAGCUGCAAAGCCUAAUGGCCAAGCUGUGACAGCCCUGGCAAAGACUGCUCCACCUUAACCUCCACCGAACACAUAGUACAGCACUCCUCUGCCUCACUCUCGGAUGCCAGCACCAGGCUGUCUCAACCCCCACCUCCGUUAGCUCUUCCCAGAGAGGACAGCCACAGCAGCAGACUCCCAAACCCAGCAGGCGCAACACUGCGGCCCCACAGGGUUUCCUACCACGGCAGAGCCUGCUUAGAAAACAACUGAGCUCCCGCAGAGAGGAACUUGGCACCAGCAGAGCUCAGGCCGGGCUCCAACCUGCCCUGCCCAUCCGUACCCGGUGCCUCCUGCCAGUCCCACCAGCUGGGACACAGACGGAGGAGAUGGCAGUGUGACCGACGCAUUCCCACUGUACAUAGUAAUUUAUUGAGGGCACAAUUGCAGCGGCUUUAUGUCCCCCAAAUCCUCGCCAUGAGGAGGAAGCAGCCCCUGCAGCAAGUGCCCCACGGCGGGAUGGGAGACGGUCAUCCAUCACACCCGAGGGUGCCCCAUUUCCUUGCAGAGCCCAGCCCUGAGGCACGGGGAAUGCUCCGGUAUUUACUCCUGAAGUGCCACCAUAGUGAAAUAAUAUCUGAAGCGUG